AUGAAAGAACUGCUAUUAGCUACUAUUGCCAUAUGCUUAUUUUGCUGCUCUCUUGUUUUUGCUCAGAAUACCGUCAUUAAGUAUGAUGUUUCUGGUAAGAACGUUUCAAAGACCCUGAUAAGGGGAGAAAUUCAAUAUUUUCUCGUUGAUGUUUCAUCGUGGGGUUGGAAAGAAGGAGAUUUUGUUACCCUUAGUUUGAAUUCACUCUCGGGUGAUUGUGAUAUGUGGAUUAGCAGUGUUGACUAUCCAAAAACUGCUUGUGCCAAUUGCCUUGGUCCAAAUGGCUUUGGUGAUGUUCGAAUUAUAUACUACAAUUCCACUGAGAAUGCACAGGGUGUUUUCUAUGUUGGAAUCAUUGCUCAAGAAAGGAGUGCUGAAUUUACUUUUGUUGCUUGGAAGUCUAAUGAAAUUAUCAAUAUUAACAAGAAUGAAAUUAUCUUUGCUCAAUCCCCAACUGGAAAGAAGAAUACCUUUUUAUUCAACAUUCCAAGCGAAGCCAAUUUGAUUACAAUCAAUGUUGAUGGUAUCUAUGGCGAUCCAGAUCUAUAUGUUACUGGUUCUAAUGGUGAUUCAUGGGCUUCUGAGAAUUACGGAUUUGAGACUUUGAAGAUUAAGGCUGUCCCAGGACUGACUCAAUUGAAAAUUACUAUUGUUGCCGUCUCUGAUACUGUCUAUAGUGUAGUUAUCAAAGUCAAUGACCAAUCUGUGCGUUUACCAGAAGGUAUCUUCUCACCAAUACUAAGUCUUGAAGCUGUUCAAAAUAUAUUUGUUGAAAUUAAACACCCCAGUAAUGAAGAGGGAGAAACCAAGUUAUACGUUCGUAAAGGAGCUAUACCAACUAGCAGUGAAUUUGAUUAUGUCAUUUCAGGUGAGGGUACAUACACUGUAGCGGAUGCCACUGUUGGUGAUUACUAUUUUGGUGUUGUUGGUUUGAUGAAUAAUACCAACUAUAAGAUUUGGGCAUUUGGUGAAAACCAAAAUCAAGUUGUUCUUUUCACCAGUCAACCAGUGCAAAAGGCAUUCACUGCUACCACAAAGUCUUACACUUUCAAGUAUGCCAAUAACGAUCAAGCCAAGACCAUUGUUGCUACUGCGAAGCUUGUUUCUGGAUCCUCAAUUAAUGUUUAUGGAGCUCAAUUCUCUAGACCUAGUUCCACAAAGUACCAUUCUAAGGCUGUUGCAAUCACUGGUGCCGAUGGUGUCUUAAAGUUUGUUGCUCCAUCUCCACGUCCAAACAUUUACUUUACUGUUGCUGCUGAUUCUGGUGAAUUCUCAAUUGAAGUCACCACUUCUCAACCAAUCAUGGCCCUCAGUGAUGGUGAAGAAGUUUAUUUGAAUUGGGUUCCAAAGGGAUCAUACAGAUAUUUCUCCUUUGUUGCUGAUAAGUAUCCAGAAAAGGCCAUCUCCAUCACUGCCCACCCAUUUAGUGGCGACGUUGGUGUCCAAGUUUCAACCAUUCUUCAAUAUCCAUCUGUUAAUAGUAACCAAUGGUUUGCUAAACACACUGUUUACAUACCAGCUCAAGAUUCUAAGGCUUCUGGUAAGACCUUUUACAUUGGUGUCCAUGCUUUCACUUCUGAUGCAUACUUUUCCAUAUGCGCUUCUCAAGUCAGAGCCAUAAUGCCUCUCUCUGAAGGAACAUCAACCUCAAGUUCUGUUAUUGAAAGAGAGUAUGCUUACUUUUCUCUCAAUAUCAAGAAUGCUGGAAAGGUCAAUAUUAACCUUAACAUGUUGAAGGCUGGUGAUGAAGCUGAUAUCUUCUACAGUUAUUCCGUCAAGACACCAAACAGAUAUGAUUAUGAAGGGAGAUCUAUUAAUAAUGGUAAGAAUGUUUUGACCAUUGAAGAUGCCAACCCAGGAGAAAUUUACAUUUCUGUUUUUGGUAUUGUUUCAACUACUGAUAGUACCACUAAAGCUAUUCCAUUUACUCUCUCAAUUGCCACUGAUUAUUUGAACUUGUUCCCAAAUGGAGAUACUGCUCUCGUCAAUUCUGCAAAGGGUACUAUUACUCAUUUCAGAACUAACAUUACCAGCGCAUUGAGGAUUAUCACUGCUUCUGCAACCCUCAUUUCUGGUAAAACUGCAAUGUACAUCUCCACAAAUGGAGAAAAGGCUAGUUUUACCAAUUUUGUUUGGUCUGACCAAAAUACGAAUGGUAAUAGCAUUGUUAUCAAGCAAACUGACCUUGCCUUUAGACGUGGAGUUUGUUUUAUUGCAAUUCUUGCUAUUGAAAACUCUGUCUAUCGCAUGUCAUUGGCUAGUAAUAUUGGUGCCACAGUUUUGGAAAACAUUCCAACACUUGGUAGAACUGCACCUGACGGAAAUAUGGAGUCUUUGAUUUAUAGUUUCUCAUUCAAUGACUCUUCUAAGGAUGUCUAUCUUCACAUUAAGGAAUUGGAAGGAAAAGUUGAUGUUUUUGUUAAUCAAAACAAUUAUACAUCAGAAAGAAAUUACACUUGGAAGUCUCUUUCUAAUGGUGAAAUUGCUAGAGGGAUCACUCUCAAGAAGGAAAGUCUUGUUGUUGAAAAGGCUGUCUAUGUUUCUGUAAUCGGUAAGGAUCAAGGAAAGAGCUCUCUGUUCUCUAUUGAAUUCAGAUAUAUGGCACCUCCAGUCAGUAAUAUUACAUUCAAAGUUCAAAUAAUUUCUCCAAAUAAUCCAAAUCUUCAAAAGAUUAAUCCUAAUGAAGAUUUAAUUUUAACAAGUGUUAUUGAACCAUUACCAAAUGAAAUGUUCUCCUACAAAUGGGUAAUUCCAAUGAAUGACAUUGAAAUAACAAAGAGUUAUAUUGUCAUUCCUAAACAUUUACUAACAAGUGGAAUUUCAUUUUAUAUAACUUUAGAAAUUACAACAACAAACCAAGAAAAAAGUACAACCUUUAUUAACGUUAAAGUGAAUGAAUCUCCAAAAUUGGGAGAGUUUGCAGUUUCUCCAAAAACUGGUUAUGUUUUAGAAACUCAAUUUAACUUGACAGCAAAUAACUGGUAUGAAAAUGAACCUGUGACUUAUCGAUUGUAUCUAUUGAGAAGUAAUAAUAUAACUACUAAUCAAUUAAGCUCCAUUGCUUCAACUAUUUCAUCUGUUAGCACAUCAAUUUCCCAUUUAGAUACAAACACUAAAACUGUUAUUUUGGAUUAUUUUUCAGGUACAUUGGAAAAAGUAGCAAGUAAUAGUAUUCAACUUUCAGAUAAUGAUUUCCAAGUUUGUUUAUCAUCAAUUUCAACGAUGGAAGAGCAAACAAACAGCAUAGUUCAGAAAUAUACUACCAAGGUGAUCAAAAUUUACAAACUACUUUCAGAUUUUAAAUUAAGAUCCUUAUUAGAAGAUGGUUCUCCGUUUAAGAUUUCUGGUAAAGUUUACAAAUCAUAUUCAAAAUAUGUAAAGAAUUACUCGGCACUUCAAGAUGUUCUCUAUGAUCAAACUGAAAUUACUAUGAAUCCACUUCAAAUUCCAUCAUGUAUUGUUGGUGUGAAAACAUACACUAAUGAAUUAUUAAGUAGUGAUUUCAAAUUCUCUCAAGUUAUAGAAUUUACUCUUCAAAAUGCUAACACUUUGCAAAAUAUUGAUCUUGGAGUGAACUCUAAUUUAUUAUCACAAAUAACAUUCCCUUAUAAUUCAAGUGCAGUUUCUAGAAAGUUAACAUUACAGACCACUCAUUGCAAAUAUCAAUUAUCGACAGGAGAUUUUGUGGAUGAUCAUUGUACUUUGCAUAGCAAUGAUGAUGGCACUUUAUCUAUGAGAAUUUCUAGAACUGGAAUUUUUGUUAUUGGAUAUCAAGAAACCAAAAUUGAACCUACUCAAUCGGUUCAUCCAACUCAAUCAGAAUCUUCAAAUAUUCCAUUGAUUAUAGGAUUAUCUAUUUUCUUUCCUGUUACAUUUAUUGUGGUUGGCAUUAUUUUAAUAUUGGUAUUUUACUUAUUAAGGAGAAAUAGAAAUGUGAAAUCUAAAAUCAAAAAGACGUUCGCCAAUAUUAGGGAUGGUCAAUAUCUUGAAAAGUUUGAAGAUUCAAAAGUCGAAAUGCAAGAAAGUACUUGUUGA